AUCAUGGAAGGAUCGUCUGCCAACGGUCAUGCUAAGGGCGCCCUUGGCAAGAGUGUAAGUGAUGAAGGGCCCGAUUACUCGAAUGGCUCUGGCACUGGCUUGCCACCACCUCCUUCCGCCACUUUCACUACUACUUCCACUAAUUCUCCAACUAACCAAGAACGAGCUGCUGUUGUUGGCGAACAGCCUCUGCAGAACUCUGAUUCGCUUUCGAAUGGCCCCGCAGUUCAUUCCAAUGACGAGUCGCUUGAAGCUUCUGCGCUGAUGUCGCAGUCUGAAUACCUUUCGGUUUAUUCUACGUAUUUGGAUGAAAGCAGCACCCAAUACUUCCCAUAUUCCGAUAAUUCUUGUAGUGCUGGUGGUAGUGAGUUGUCGUCACUACUACAAACUAGUCCCUCUCGGAUGGAUGUCAGUGACGACGCUAAGGCCGUACCUUUCCCGAGAAAUGCCUCUGGUGAUCUGCCGCUCAUACAAGAUCAUGCUGAGCUCUUUGUUCAGCAGAUUCUCGAUGAAAGUGUUCUCAAGGCAACUCAGAUGCCGUCCAGUUCUCCGCCGCUACCAUCCGGCGCUUGCAUGACCUUUUCUUCUUCUACUCCUGCUCCUAAAUCUACUACUACUUCUAAUACUUCACCUUCCGACGAUGCCUUGCUCUUUGAGUCUUCCUUCUCAAGUCCUCAGUCUAUGCUUGCGGCUGACGACGAUGAGAAGGAGAAUUCUAACCCAAGUACUGUUCUGCUGUUUGCUACCGCUAACCAAAGCAUCUCUGACAGUGAGUCUGGUUCGCAGUCUGACUCUGACUCGAGUCUCUCA